AUGAAGCCAUGUUUCUUCACAAAUCUACCAUCAGAAAUCAUUCCCAAUAUCCUCUCAAGGCUUUCUGUUCGGAGCAUUGCAAUUAGCAAGUGUGUUUGCAAAGCAUGGCUUAAUCUACUCGUCACUGAUGAUUUUAUCGAUUCACAUCUUUCCAAAUCCGCCCCUUCCCUAGCUUUUGAUUUCCCCGACGCAGCAACGAUAGAGGGCUCUGCUAACGGUUUGCUCUUUCUACACAAUCUCGACGCUGAUUUCGAUAUUUUCUAUGUAUGCAAUCCGGCCACUCGUGAAUUCUGCGAGCUCCUCUCGCUUCCUCAAGGAAUUGCUUAUGGAUUUGGAGCGAGCAAAAUAACUGGCCAACAUAAGGUGGUCUGUAUUAGCCCCAAAUUGGAUUGCCAUGUUUACACUCUCGGAACAGGUCCGUGGAGACGCGUUGAAGCUGUCACCACCUCGUUUGAUUACAGCUAUAGUAUCUUUGGUACAUACGUUAAUGGAAAUCUCCAUUGGAUAGUAUCCUCGGAUUCUAAUGACACGGAAUGGAUUUGUUGCUUUGAUGUUGAGAAUGAAUGCUUUAGCACCUUUCCUGCACCUCCGCCUCUUCGAGACUGCAGAUUGGAUAGUCGCAGGCGCUUGUUUGCUUUUAGGGAUUGCGUGUGCUUUUGCGAUGAAUCAUGUUACAAUGAGAUUGCUAUAUGGUUGAUGAAGGAAACUUGGUGCAUGGAUCGUGUCAUCCGCGUGACGCCUUAUUAUGGCAUGUAUGUUCAGCCUAUUGAAGUAAUCGGAAAUGGUGACAUCUUGAUGUUAUGUGAUGCCAAGAUCUUCAUGUACUAUUCCAACAAGACUCAGACGGCCCGAGAAAUUGGUGCUUUCUUUGAUGCGAAAAACUGUACCACCUACGCGAUGCUUCUCAACCCGACCUUGGUUUCUCUUAAGAGUUUGGGUAUGAAGAAUGUAAUCUCAUUUUGAUGGUUAAUCUCAAUUUGUAUUAUAGUUUUCUGGAUUGUGUGUUGCAUACAUUUGUUAAUGAAAAUCAGGAAUGUGUUUAA